AUGUAUAAGAAGUCCACUGCAUGCCUGAUGAGCAUUAAGCAACGGGAGGAUGAGACGCUGAGAUCGUACAUAGCCCGCUUUAACAAGGAGACACUCUCAAUCGAUGAAACUGACCACAAGAUAAUUGUGGCCGCAUUUACAAAUGGGCUACGGAAAGGUAAGUUUCUAUUUUCCUUACACAAAAACGACCCAAAGACUAUGUCGAAUGUACUCUACAAGGUUACUAAGUACAUGAACACAGAAGAUGCACUGCUGGCUCGCAAAGAGAAGCCCAAGAAGAAAGAAAGACAUGAGGAACCACAACAGGACACGGGGCGGAAGAUAGCAAGAACAAGAGAUAAAAGGGAAGAUAGAUGCUUUAAGCCUUCCACCAGAAGGUUCGCAAGCUUCACCCUGCUGAACAUCCUGAUUGAUCAAGUCCUGAUGUAG